AUGACGAGUACCACUACAUCCACAGCAAUCGAUGCCAACCCUUGGUCUCCUGACAAUGGCGAGAAUUGGCAGGAGCAGGAAGAUGCAAGCCUUAAUCAAGUUGAUUUGGCUGGGCAGGCUGAGGACGGACCUCGCAGUUAUGACUGGGAAUCUGAUAUUGAUGCUAGAGAUUGUCGUAGAUGUAGUCGUAAAUUUGGAUUCCUCGUUCGUCGCCACCAUUGUCGUCGCUGUGGAUUGAUUGUGUGCGAUAGAUGCUCGAAUUCGCGUGCCUAUCUUUCACCCUCCCAAAUUCUUCAAGACCCUAGUCUUCCUCAAGAAUCACGCCAAGUACUUGCUUCGCAGCACCAGAGAGUCUGUGACAAGUGUUAUGCUGAUCUGGGCAUAUAACUUAACUACGGCCAUUAUUUAUCACCUCCAUUCCACUCUAUGCACAUUCCCCCUCCACACUUUAUACUUACGCACACACGCACACACGCACACAUAAACACACUAAACAUACAGAAACUCCCGUACACACGCAGAUACAACAGGUGCCCACAGAGCGGCCAAUCGAUUGGAAAUAUUUCCAAUCGAUUAAACUUUCAAUCUCUUUUUGGUAACUUUUUUUUUAAAAUACAAAUUCGGUAUUUUAUACAUGGCAAUAAGUCAACGUUAUAAUAAAUGCUAUAUACUCCAAAGGUUGAAUUAUGUUUAAAAAAAAAAGG